GGGGGCGGGGGGCGCGGCGGCGGCUCCAAGAUGGCCGCGGUGUCGGUGUUCCCCGGCGUGCGGCUCCUCACGAUCGGGGACGCCAACGGCGAGAUCCAGCGGCACCAGGAGCAGCAGCCGCUGCGCCUCGAGGUCCGCACCGGCCCCGACAGCGCGGGGCUGGCGCUCUACGGCCAUGAAGAUGUCUGCGUGUUCAAGUGCUCCGUGUCCCGAGAGACCGAGUGCAGCCGCGUGGGCAAACAGUCCUUCAUCAUCACGCUGGGCUGCAACAGCGUCCUCGUCCAGUUCGCCACCCCCAACGAUUUCUGUUCGUUUUAUAACAUCCUGAAAAACUGCCGAGGCCACAACACGGAGCGCUCGGUCUUCAGCGAGCGGACGGAGGAGUCCUCGGCCGUGCAGUACUUCCAGUUCUACGGGUACCUGUCGCAGCAGCAGAACAUGAUGCAGGACUACGUCCGGACGGGCACCUACCAGCGAGCCAUCCUGCAGAACCACAGCGACUUCAAGGACAAGAUCGUCCUGGACGUCGGCUGCGGCUCCGGCAUCCUCUCCUUCUUCGCGGCGCAGGCCGGGGCGAGGAAGAUCUACGCGGUGGAAGCCAGCACCAUGGCCCAGCACGCGGAGGUGCUGGUGAAGAGCAACAACCUGACGGAGCGCAUCGUGGUCAUCCCGGGGAAGGUGGAGGAGGUCUCGCUGCCCGAGCAGGUGGACAUCAUCAUCUCCGAGCCCAUGGGCUACAUGCUCUUCAACGAGCGCAUGCUGGAGAGCUACUUGCACGCCAAGAAGUACCUGAAACCCAGCGGGAACAUGUUCCCCACGAUCGGCGACGUCCACUUGGCCCCGUUCACGGACGAGCAGCUCUACAUGGAGCAGUUCACCAAGGCCAACUUCUGGUACCAGCCGUCCUUCCACGGCGUCGACCUCUCCGCGCUCCGAGGGGCGGCCGUGGAUGAGUAUUUCAGGCAGCCCGUGGUGGACACCUUCGAUAUCAGGAUCUUGAUGGCCAAAUCGGUCAAAUACACCGUGAAUUUCUUAGAAGCCAAAGAAGGCGACUUGCACAGGAUAGAAAUCCCCUUCAAGUUCCACAUGCUGCAUUCGGGGCUGGUCCACGGCUUGGCCUUCUGGUUCGACGUAGCCUUCAUCGGCUCCAUAAUGACGGUGUGGCUCUCGACGGCCCCCACCGAGCCGCUGACCCACUGGUACCAGGUCCGGUGCCUGUUCCAGUCGCCGCUCUUCGCCAAAGCCGGCGACACGCUCUCAGGGACUUGCCUCCUCAUCGCCAACAAGAGACAGAGCUACGACAUCAGCAUCGUGGCGCAGGUGGACCAGACGGGCUCCAAGUCCAGCAACCUCCUCGACCUGAAAAACCCCUUCUUCAGGUACACGGGGACGACCCCCUCGCCGCCCCCCGGCUCCCACUACACGUCCCCCUCGGAGAACAUGUGGAACACAGGCAGCACCUACAACAUGAGCACGGGGAUGGCCGUGGCCGGAAUGCCGGCGGCGUACGACCUCAGCAGCGUUAUCGCCGGCGGCUCCAACGUUGGCCACAACAACCUGAUUCCCUUAGGUGAGUGGGGGGUGUGGGGGGCUUUGGGGAGGGGAUUUGGGGUGGGGGGGGUCACAGCAGCCUCCAGCCUCACCCCGCUGCCCCCUCCCAAUGCCACAGCCAACACCGGUAUCGUCAACCACACUCACUCCAGGAUGGGCUCCAUCAUGAGCACAGGCAUCGUCCAAGGCUCCUCCAGCGGCCAGAGCGGCGGCGGCUCCAGCACCCACUACCCCCUCAACAGCCAGUUCACCAUGGGGGGCCCCGCCAUCUCCAUGGCCUCGCCCAUGUCCAUCACCACCAACACGAUGCACUACGGGAGCUAGGGGCCUCCCGGGACUGCCCGCGCCGGGAGCCCCCGCGCCCCCGCCGACGCCGCCCAGCCCCCGCCGGACCUGGGUGGGGUUUAUCUCCCCCCCCCCACCCCCCCCCUAUUUUUUUUUGUUGUUUUUUUUUUUGUUGUUUUUUUUUGGUUGUUUGGUUUUUUAACGAAAAUCCAGCCCCUCGCCCCCCGCCUUCCAUCGCAGCCAGGGCGCUCGGGGCCCCCCGCCGGGGCGGGGCGGGGCGCAAACGGCUUGAAUGUACCGAAAGCCCCUGUUUUGGCCCCGUUUGGGGGCGGCGGGGCUGACGCCCCCCCCCGCCCCACCACACCCCGUUCACGGCAGGCUCCCCGGGGCCGGCGGCGCGGUUCGGCGCCUGAGCUCUCCUCUCCCCUGUUUUCCCCUCGAGGGGGGCGGCGGGGACCCCCGGGGCCGGGGGGGGGGGCCGGGGGGGUUGCGGCCCCUCCCCAGGCCGUCGCGUAGGAAUAGCAAAAGCUGCUGUUUAUUAUUUUUUUGUCUUUUUUUUUUCGGCUGUAGUACUGAAUAAACGGGAGGGUUUCGAAGGA